CUCUUUGACGUUGCCAAUUCUUUACUUCUUUCUUUCCAGUUACCUCGACUCCUCUGUUCGACAAGCUUCGGAGAUCGCAUCAUCCCUUGCUUCCUCUCUUUCUCGUCUGCUGGAUCCGGUGGAGUUCCCCUUCCCCUGACUCAUGGCGAGGCGUUACGACAGCAACCCCUUCGACGAGGAGGAGGACGUCAACCCUUUCUCAAAUUCAGCAAGUGUUCCUCCUGCAUUAAAUUCAAGGUUAACACCACUCUCUCCUGAACCUGCUGAUUUCUACAAUGACCGUGGUCUUGGUGCAACAAUUGAUAUUCCUAUGGAUACAACAAAGGAUCUCAAGAAAAGGGAGAGGGAACUGCAGGUCAAGGAAGAAGAGCUAAGUAGGAGGGAAAAAGAACUUAAACGUAGAGAAGAUGCUGCAGCACGAGCUGGUAUCACUAUCGAGGAAAAAAAUUGGCCACCAUUCUUUCCCAUUAUUCAUCAUGAUAUUGCAAAUGAGAUACCCAUCCACUUGCAUAGAUUGCAGUAUUUUGCGUUUGCAUCCUUGCUAGGUUUAACUGCAUGCCUAUUUUGGAAUAUUGUAGCUGUCACAGCAGCUUGGAUUAAGGGAGAAGGUGCCACAAUCUGGUUCCUUGCAAUCAUCUACUUCAUUUCAGGCGUACCUGGAGCUUAUGUAUUGUGGUAUAGACCUCUUUAUCGUGCUAUGAGGACUGAAAGUGCUUUGAACUUUGGUUGGUUUUUUCUAUUCUACCUGCUUCACAUAGGUUUUGUUAUUUACUCUGCCGUGGCUCCUCCGAUUAUUUUCAAGGGAAAAUCAUUGACAGGAAUUUUGCCAGCAAUCGAUAUAAUGGGUGACCAUGCCCUGGUUGGGAUCUUCUAUUUCAUUGGAUUUGGUAUGUUUUGCCUUGAAUCACUUCUCAGCGUCUGGGUCAUUCAGCAAGUAUACAUGUACUUCCGGGGCAGUGGGAAGGAAGCAGAGAUGAAAAGGGAGGUUGCACGAGGAGCUCUGAGAGCUGCAAUAUGAUUUAAAAGUCUUCCUUUCCAGGAUUUCGAUAGCAACUUCUUGUUUUUUUUUUCCCUUUUAAUUUUAAAAUGUUCGUGCAUAUUUCAUUGGGCUUGAGAUUAUUCUCUGGGGGUUGAUCUAGUGCGAGGGAAGCUGUGCUGUAUAACUUGGGGUUUCUCUUCCAAUCAUUGUUCGUUGUUUACUCA